AUGGUGCCGCGCAGCGCGAUGCGGGGCGUCCGGGCGUACUCUCAGGCGCCGCCGCGGCUUGUCGGUGCGCAGCCCACGAUUCGUGGGCCCAUGCGUCCCUUUACGAGCGGCGUGCUUGGAUUUCUCCUGGGCUUUAGCGCAGCAGGCGUCGCUGGCCUGUACUGGCUCCAGCGCGAGUACCGCAGCGCGUCCAACUCGGUGCUGGCGAGCAGUGCGCGCUUGACGGACAGCGCGACGAACGUGACGGGCUAUUUGGACCGCCUGAACCUCCUCGAGGCGCGCAUGCGCGAGGUCAGCGGCGACGCCAUGUCCAGGACGGAGGCGAACACGGCUGCAGAGUCGCUGCGCAAGCUUUACGCCGACCUCUUUGAAGAGACGCAUGAGCUCCGCGAGCGCAUGUGGGAGCUGGAACACGAGACGUUUGCAACGCGCAAGCGGCAGGAUCCCCCGUCGUGGGCGCCGCCGCUCAAGGAUACGGUGCGUCUGCCGCCUGUACGCCUCGUAUAG